GCUGUUUGACCAACCUGGCCCAGGGUCUAGCACGUAUCAGGGGGGGUAAAUAAAUGCCUUUGAAGAUGACAGGCGGGACCGCGGGCAGGGCUCACCACCAAGCCCUGCGACAGAUAGGCUGGCCCAAGGCCCCCCGCGCCGAGUGGGUGACCUGACCCCUGGGGGAGGGGGUCACUCUGCCCCACUAGCCUAGGCCGUCGGGGUCCCAGGCCUCCCCUCCCAGAGCACAAGCGUCCCCGGGGAUGUUGAUUGCGGCCGAGGGGCUGGCGGGCGGAUGGACGAGGGAGGGCCCGGGAGGGGGCUCCGGGCCCAAGUUCGCGCCUCCCUCCCCGCAUCCCACGGGCAGCGGAAGCGAUUAUUCCCGCCGGUGUCUGGCGGGGCCAGGGGAGGGCUCACACCCCGAGAGCCACGGGUCUCCCUGCGUCCACCCCUUUGAUCGCCCGCCACCCUGGUCCCCUCCCUGGGCCCUGGGGUCCGUAUAACCGUAGCCUGUGCCCUGCUCGGGGGCACACCAGGGUCGGGCAGCGAUGGCCGCGGCAGGGUCCCGCCAGUUCCAGCUCGGGGACAGCGCCGCAUUCCCGGUGUACCGGCCAGUUCACACGGGCGGGACGCUCCUGCCGCCCCCGGGCCCCGCCACCGCCCCGCUGCACCCCGCGAACCCCUCGGGCCCCGGCCCGGAUCGCGGCGCCCCGGCCGCCUUUGCCGGCUUCCUGGGGAGGAGCCCGGGCCCCGGCCCCGCCGCACUGCCCCCCGCCGGCCUGGACCCGCCAGCGCCCCCGAAAGGCGCGGCCGCCCCGUCGGCCUCUCAGCGCCGCAAGCGCACGUCGUUCAGCCCCGAGCAGCUGCAGCUGCUGGAGCUGGUUUUCCGCCGGACCAUGUACCCCGACAUCCACCUGCGCGAGCGCCUGGCCGCGCUCACGCUGCUCCCCGAGUCCAGGAUCCAGCAGGUUUUCUGUCCCCUGCUCCAGGUGUGGUUCCAGAACAGGCGCGCCAAGUCUCGGCGCCAGAGCGGGAAACCCUUCCAGCCUGCGGGCCGGCCGGAGCUCCUCCUCCCCCACCCGGCCCACGGAACUGAAGCCGGACGUUUGCGGCCCCAGCUGCCCGUCGAGGUGGCCGAUUCCAACAGGGUCGGAGGGGGCAGCUCUGACCUUAGCUCGCAAGGUCAGCGCUGUGAAACCUAUUCGCUCCCGGAAGACAUUGGUUCCAAGCUGGACUCCUGGGAGGAACACAUCUUUUCUGCCUUUGGUCACUCCUGAGGA